GAUAUAGCAUUAAUUAGCUCUAGUAAUCUUAGCUAGGUGUAUAAAAACUAGGUCAAAUUGUUAAAUGCCCUACAGUUUAGUGGCAUAGCUUUCAACUUUCAGGAAGAAAAUCUUAGUUCAAAAUUAAGAGAAAACCCUUUCACUUUCACAUGGCAACAUUCCUUCCCAUACUCCUCCCCAUCCUCCUCCUCUCCCUCGCCACCGCCUCCCACUCCUCCACACUAAACUCCUUCGUCUACGGCGGCUGCUCCCAACUCAAGUACGCCUCCGACGAUGUCGCCUACACUUCAAACCUCAACUCCCUCCUCACCUCCCUAGUCAACUCAGCCACCUACAUGUCCUACAACCAUUUCGCCAUCGCUGGCACCGCCCCACACGACGUCGUCUACGGCCUCUACCAAUGCCGAGGCGACCUCUCCAUGCCGGACUGCGCCACCUGCGUAGCCACCUCGGUGAGUCGACUCGGAGCCCUAUGCCCCGGGUCAUGCGGCGGGGUCCUCCAGCUACAAGGGUGCUACGUAAAGUACGACAACGACACGUUCAUCGGGGUUGAGGAUAAGACGGUGGUGAAUAAGAAAUGUGGGCAAUCUACGGGGUAUCAGGAUAAGAUUGCGAACCGUGACGCGGUGUUGGACGGGGUGGUGGCUAGCGGCGGAGGGAUUUUCCGAGCAGGCGGUUCGAAAGACGUAGCGGUGAUCGCACAAUGUGUAGGGGACUUGGAUGGAGGGGAGUGUCAAGAUUGUUUGAAAGAAAGUGUUGAGCAAGUGAAGAUGAAUUGUGGAACGAGUGGUAAUGGUGAUAUGUAUUUGGGGAAGUGUUACGUGAGGUAUACGAUUGGUGGUGGUCGUGGAUAUUUCAACUCUAAUGGUAAUUAUAAUAAUAAUGGGUCGGACAAAAAUAGAGGAGUGAAGAAUUUUGCACUAGUAAUCGGUUUAUUAGCUGCAAUUGUGAUCGUCAUCAUAUUUCUAACUUUCCUUUGCCGAGCCUUUGCUGGAAGCAGUAAAUAAAAUGGUUUUCUCUUAAUAAAAUGACAUUAUUGUUAUUAUUAUUAUUAAUCUACCUUUUUAUUGCCUUUUUACUAAAUAUUAUAGAUAAAUUAAUUAAAUAUUGUAUUAUUUGAUUAAGCAAAGCUUUUUGUAAAGGAAGAAAGCAAAAGAUGAAGGAGCAGAGUGUGUAUUCUGCAUAUUCAUGCAAAAGGAAAGAGGAAUCCCACAAACUUAAUUCACUUUUGUCAAAGCUUUAAAUUUUUAGUAACAAAGUUGUAUUGUCUGAUGUUAAGAUAUGCCCACAUGCAUUGCUUAAAGUUGCAUGGACCUAAUCUUUUUGCUACUUCUCUUUUAUGCA